AUGGCACUGGAGGCUUGCCUAGACAAGCACGGGGUGUGGUGUGCGAAGGAGAGGAAUGGGACGUCCUCGAAAUGCGGCUACGACAGCGGCAUGCGAGAACUUUUUGUUGAGCAAAAGCUUGGUGUGUCGGGCAGACAAGCCACAAACAGUCAAGUCGCAUCUUGUGGUGGCAUUGCUCAGGCAGCUAGGGCUUUGGAAGGAAACUUAAGAAAAAAGCUGGCAGAGGGGAUAAAGCAUUGA